AUGUCCGAUGUGCCCGCCGCCGUUCGCUACGAAUACGUCACGCGUGAGAUUGGGGUGCCAGUCUGCACCUUGACCGCUGCGGAUUGCAAUGCGCGCUGGCGAAGCCUCCCCCAGUGGCGCCCUCUGAACGGAAGGCGGAUCCAGUUCCAAGUGCCAAGCCUUCCGGACGGUGGCGAUAAUGUGAUGUUGCAAAUCCCAAUGCCGGACGGCAGUAAAUUGGAGGUUCCUCUACCCGAGAGGUGUGCUGAAGGUGAUUGGCUCUCCUUGUUUCAACGAGCUGACCUCUCCUGGAAGGUGGUCGUCAAGAAGAAGCGCUUUUCCUUUGUGGUGCCAAAGGAGUGCCAAGGGGGAGACGUACUAACCUUGAGCCCAUCAGACCAAAUCAGCCUGUCCUUCACGAUCCCUGAGAAUGUGGAGCCCUACAAUGUGGUGACCUUGGCACAAGAGGGCGACGAGUGGGCCUUCGCGCAAUGCGCUGUUUUGCCACCCUUCUCAGAGACACCCUUCCAGCCGGACUGGACCACCGGUCAAUAUCAGCAGAUCCUCAAUGCUCUGAAAAGCAAGGGCUAUGUUGAUCGGCUGCGUCCAGAUCCCGAGGGUGUUCUUCAUGUCAGCGUUCCCUUUUGCGGACACUUUCAUGAAUAUGUCACUCUGGGCAACUUCCUGGCUGAAAGCGCAUCGGCAGUGCCAGGAGUGGGGAAGAUCUCCGUUUUCGGCAUGGAGCUCUUCGAUGAUUACAUCCGCGACUGGGCCCUGGCCGAGCGCUACUUGUGGCGCAAGCACGGCAUCGAGUGCCGUGUGGAGCAAGGCGAUCUGGCGGAGGAGCCCAUUCCGACGGCACAGUGGGUGAUUGGAAUUCAUCCGGAGGUGACCAAGGGCGGUCCCUGGUUUCGCAUCAUUGGAUCGUUGCUCCGGAGCUGCACUGGUCUCUGCACCUUUGCCACCUUCUAUGAGGAGGAGAGACAGACGUUGUUGAACAUGGUUGAUAUGUACAAGCUCGAGGGAGCCAAGGUGGAGUGGUUCGAGAAUCCCUUCUAUGCCUCUGAGGAGGUCGGAUUGCAUCCAGCCAUGAGGUUUAUCGUGACCGUGGAGUUGCGAUAA